AACGUGAUCCCUAGUGGUUACUCUCAGUGCUCGGUAGCCGAGUGAAUGCGCGUGUGCUUCGACAACCUCUGCUUUGGAUCGUCACAGCGCGGAGCUGCUGACGAUGAGCCGAGAGCCUUAGUGAAUACUGGUGGAGGAGCGCUUACCGUGGCGCCCACAGUCAACGGCGAAAGACGCGCGUUAGACGAAACGUAUAGAGAGAUCGAGUUAAAUGGUAUAAUGGGGACUCCUACAGCUAUGAAUGCGGAGUCGGAGAAUUGCGUUGCCAAUGCAACGAUGGCGAAUGACAUGCAGCCCUUAAUCGAACGGAUCAGGGAGCUUGAGGCGUUGCUUAAGCAACGUGACCAGGAAAUGUUGGAACUGCGCUCGCAGCUGGACAAACUGCAGAGCGUGUUCCCGUACCAGCAGUACGCCCGAGGAUCGAGAGGUCCCAGAAAGCAGAGAGCUCAGGGUAUAUCUGCUGAGCCGCAGAACAGCGCAUCGCUUCAAGAUCUGACUCAUCAGACCUUCCCUAUUUACGACAAAAGCGAAACAUCUCGCGAGCUGAUUAAGACUGCGAUCCUCGACAACGACUUCAUGAAGAAUCUAGAAAUGACACAGAUCAGAGAAAUAGUGGAUUGCAUGUAUCCCGUCGAAUAUGCAGCCGGCAGCAUUAUUAUCAAAGAAGGCGACGUUGGAAGCAUAGUUUAUGUUAUGGAAGAAGGCCGAGUCGAAGUGUCGAGGGAGAACAAAUACCUGAGCACGAUGGCGCCAGGCAAGGUCUUCGGGGAACUGGCAAUCCUGUACAACUGCAAGCGUACAGCUACCAUCAAAGCCGCUACGGACUGCAGACUUUGGGCCAUCGAACGACAAUGCUUCCAAACGAUUAUGAUGAGAACUGGCCUUAUCAGACAGGCUGAAUACACAGACUUCUUGAAGAGUGUACCGAUCUUCAAGAACUUCCCCGAAGAUACGUUGAUUAAAAUCUCCGAUGUGUUGGAAGAGACUCAUUACCAGAAUGGAGACUAUAUUAUUAGACAGGGUGCGAGAGGUGACACGUUCUUCAUCAUAUCCAAAGGACAGGUUAAAGUUACACAAAAACUACCGAAUAGUAACGACGAGAAAUUCAUCAGAACCCUCACGAAAGGAGACUUCUUCGGAGAGAAGGCCUUACAAGGGGACGACCUCCGAACGGCGAAUAUCGUCUGUGACUCACCAGACGGCACGACUUGUCUCGUUAUAGACAGGGAAACAUUCAAUCAGCUGAUAUCCACACUGGACGAGAUCCGAACCAAGUACAAGGAUCUGGGUGAUGACAGACAACGAUUGAACGAAGAAUUCGCCAACCUGCGUCUCUCGGAUCUCCGCAUUAUCGCUACAUUGGGUAUCGGAGGCUUCGGUCGAGUGGAAUUAGUGCAAAUCCAAGGCGAUUCGAGUCGCUCCUUCGCCUUAAAGCAGAUGAAGAAGGCCCAGAUCGUUGAGACGAGACAACAACAACACAUAAUGUCCGAAAAGGAGAUAAUGUCCGAAAUGAACUGCGAAUUCAUAGUGAAGCUAUACAAGACUUUCAAAGAUCGCAAGUACUUGUACAUGUUGAUGGAGACUUGCCUCGGUGGAGAGCUAUGGACCAUUUUAAGAGAUCGAGGACAAUUUGACGACGCAACGACAAGAUUCUACACGGCCUGUGUAGUUGAGGCCUUCCACUAUCUACAUUCUAGAAAUAUAAUUUACAGGGAUCUCAAACCAGAGAAUCUACUGCUAGACUCGAAAGGUUACGUGAAACUGGUCGACUUCGGUUUCUCAAAGAAGCUGCAGGCGAGCCGUAAGACCUGGACGUUCUGCGGCACGCCAGAGUACGUCGCGCCCGAGGUCAUCAUGAACCGGGGCCACGAUAUCAGUGCGGACUAUUGGUCUUUAGGUGUUCUCAUGUUCGAACUGCUGACCGGGUCGCCGCCCUUCACGGGCUCGGAUCCUAUGAAGACGUACAACAAAAUCCUGAAGGGCAUCGAUGCGGUCGAGUUCCCGCGCUGCAUCACGCGCAACGCCGCUAAUCUGAUCAAGAAACUCUGCCGCGACAACCCUGCGGAGCGGCUCGGCUAUCAACGAGGCGGCAUAACUGAGAUACAGAAGCACUAAAUAAUAAAUAAUAAUA